AUGUAUAGGUUAGAAAAUGGUUGCAUAUUUUGACAAACAUUAGAAUACUUACAAUUUCGAUAUUGACAAAUCCUGUCAUAACUAGAUUUUUUAAUAUUUCACAUCCAAUUCCGCCAGCACCCACAAUAAGUACUUUACUUUGAAGUAUUGCAUUUCGUAAAUUUUCAGUGAAUACUCCACUAAUGUUGGCCGCCAUUUUUCAGGUUAAGCACAAUUCAACAGACGCCGUCUGUGGCUAUGAACAAACUAACGUAGAUGCAAUCUUUUACGUUCUUUAUUUAUACUGUCUUUUGAGUACAGAUGUCCAUUGAGUACUUCUAAAGACAAGUAUAUUAUUUAUCAUAUCUUUUGUAUACUAUAAUUAUAUUAGUAUCAAUAUAUAAUUAUAAUAUUACUUAGCUUUAUCUUUUAGUUGAUAAAGUAAAUGUAAACUAUCUAUUUUAAUAGUAAAUGUAAACUAUCUAUUUUAAUACUACAUGAAAACUACUUUAACAAAUUUAUGGAGAAUUUACAAGUAUGACAGUACAUACUCUAUAACUUUGAUCAUUUCUUUAACCGUUUGAAUUUGAAAAGUACUUGUCUAAUUAGUUAGGAAAAGUUAGAAGAAAUUGACAACAUGAAUAGUUCUAGCGAUAUAAGUCAAAUUUUGGGUAUGUAAAUUCUCGAAGUAAGAAUGUUUAAAAUUAAAUACAAUGUAAAAAUAUGAGAUUCAUAAUGUAGUAAAAUAAAUUUUAUUUAUUUUCAGAUAUUUCCCGAAUUUCUCGUUUGAAUUGCAGUAGAAUAUUUGGUAGAGUAGAUUCAUUGCAAAAUUUAUUUGAACAACAAUGUAACUUAAGUUAUAAUACAAGCAGAAAUAUUCAAGAAUCUAACCAUUUAGAAAAAACAAUAAAAUGUCUUGCUUCAUGCGAAGAUAGUAUAGCAGAACAUGUAAAAAAUAAACUAAUUUUGGAAUGUAUAGAAGAGACAUUAAUAAAUGUAAAAGGAACAUUGUCUGAUGAUGUUGUUGUCAAAUUAAAAAGAUUACUUUUGAUCCAUGAGCUUAAUAAAUACAUGCAUUUACCACCUACAUCAAAAAAUAUGCAAGAAGAAUUAAAUAUUUUGGGAAUCACUGAUUUACCAAAAUAUGAUUUUAAUUAUGAAGAAAUAUCAGACAUUAAAUGUUAUGUAGAAACAUUGCUACGAGAGAAAAUACACGAAUUGAUAUUAAGGUAUGAACAAUUGGGAGGAAACAUGAAGGAAAUUAUAAGAUUAACUGAUUGCAAUAUGCGUAAAAAGAUACUCGAGUCUGACGAAGUACAAAUAUUCCAAUGGAAAGAUAAAAUUGAAGAAUUAUGUAGUCAAUAUGAAGCAGAUAUUACGAAAUGCAAGACUUUAAUGAAUAAAUGGAAUAUUUUAAAAUAUAAGGACGUAAGUAAAAUUUACUUGGAGAAAGCAGAAUACAUAUUAUUGCAAGCUCAAGUUGCAGAGGUACAAGCAAAGAUUACAAAAUUAUCAUGUAUUAUAAAAAUGUAUAAGGAAACCCCAGUAACAAUUGAUGCAUACAGAAUAUUGAAUACGACCUUAGAUAAAAAAUUAUUUGCAAUUUUGGAUGAAAUUAAAGAAAAGAAAAACUUGAAAAAGCAGUAUGAAGAGUUACAAAACACAGAAUAUAGUGAAAUUCUAAAAACUUAUCUACAUUUUUGCAAAGCUAUUGAUAAAAAAAAACAAAUAUUGGAAAAACUUUAAGUUACUUGUCCAAAAAUAAAUUAAUUCUUAAUGCAUUUAUGUAUAAAUUUAUAUUUUGUAUUAAAAUGAAUAUAAAUAUUUGUAUUGCUUAUAUGCAUUUAUAUAUAUAUAUUUAUAUAA